CCCCAUCCCCGUCGUCGGCAGAUUCGUCAGGGCUGGGCCCGCGGCCUGGAGUCGGCGCUGGGGUUGGAGCCGGGCCGGGGUCGCUGAGGGAGAGAAGAGGGCGAGGCGGGCCUGAGCCCGCCUGUCGCUUCGUGCCCUGCGCUCGGUGCCCGGCGCGGGUGGCGCGGAAUCUGCUGCCCGGCUUGCGGCGCCCUGCUGGCUUGCUCGCUCGGGAAAGAUGGCGUCGGUGUGGGACGAGUCCGAGGAUGGCGUCGGCGAGGAGGUGCUGAAGAUGUCCACGGAGGAGAUCGUGCAGCGCACGCGCCUCCUCGACAGCGAGAUCAAGAUCAUGAAGAGUGAAGUGCUGAGAGUGACCCAUGAGCUUCAGGCCAUGAAAGAUAAGAUCAAAGAGAACAGUGAGAAGAUCAAAGUGAACAAAACUUUGCCAUACCUUGUCUCCAAUGUUAUUGAGCUACUGGAUGUUGACCCCAAUGACCAGGAGGAGGAUGGAGCAAACAUUGACCUGGAUUCCCAGAGAAAGGGCAAGUGUGCCGUGAUCAAGACUUCUACUCGCCAGACAUAUUUCCUGCCUGUUAUUGGGCUGGUUGAUGCUGAGAAAUUGAAACCUGGAGAUCUAGUGGGAGUGAACAAAGACUCUUACUUGAUCCUGGAGACCCUGCCUACAGAAUAUGAUUCACGAGUGAAAGCCAUGGAGGUGGAUGAGAGACCCACAGAGCAGUACAGUGACAUCGGGGGGCUGGAUAAGCAAAUUCAGGAGCUUGUGGAGGCCAUUGUCCUGCCAAUGAAUCACAAGGAGAAGUUUGAAAAUUUGGGUAUACAGCCACCCAAAGGAGUGCUUAUGUAUGGACCUCCAGGAACAGGGAAGACACUUCUAGCUCGAGCAUGUGCUGCUCAGACCAAGGCUACAUUCCUGAAGCUUGCUGGUCCACAGCUUGUGCAGAUGUUCAUUGGCGACGGAGCUAAGCUGGUACGAGAUGCCUUUGCUCUAGCCAAGGAGAAAGCUCCUUCCAUCAUCUUCAUUGAUGAACUGGAUGCCAUUGGCACUAAAAGGUUUGACAGUGAGAAGGCUGGUGAUCGGGAGGUGCAGAGGACCAUGCUGGAGCUGCUUAAUCAACUGGAUGGUUUCCAGCCUAACACUCAAGUCAAGGUGAUUGCUGCAACCAACCGGGUUGAUAUCUUGGACCCAGCUUUGCUCCGCUCCGGCCGAUUAGAUCGCAAGAUUGAGUUCCCAAUGCCUAAUGAGGAAGCCAGGGCCAGAAUUAUGCAGAUCCAUUCACGCAAAAUGAAUGUCAGCCCUGAUGUGAAUUACGAGGAACUGGCUCGCUGCACGGAUGAUUUCAAUGGAGCCCAGUGUAAAGCGGUGUGUGUUGAAGCGGGGAUGAUUGCCCUCCGCCGUGGAGCUACAGAGCUCACACACGAGGACUACAUGGAAGGAAUCCUGGAGGUUCAAGCAAAGAAAAAAGCCAAUCUGCAAUACUAUGCCUGAUCUCUGCCCAGUCGAGGUUCUGGCCUUGGCAGAAGGGGGGACGAGGCUGGACUGUACCAUUUACCUUCUGUCUACUAGAAAUAAAGCGUUCUCUCUUUAAAAAAAAAAAAAAAUCCUUGAUGUGCUGGGGCUCUUGCCAUUGCUGUGUGGUUCUACAGCUACAAAGGGAGAACAUCCUGUCCUUGGUGCCCAUCCUACUGCCUUUGGAGCCUCCUGCUGCUAAAACUGGAUUAAAUUGUGCUGUGUUUCUUCUGGAUGAGGAGCAGUGGGUAACACUGCAGUAAGCGUGCUUUGAAGGGGCUGACCUGCAGUUUCAGAUAGCAUCCUCUUUUCCCCUGUGCAGCUUGUGUACAGACUACAUGUUUGCGAGGGUCUUAACCAACUUUUGAACAAACACUCAUUUUGUGAGGGAGAGGUGAACAACAUUUACAUGCAAAUGGUGUUUUAACUUCAUUCAUUAUCUGACUUUGCUGUGGAAGCUUUAGCACUAUGGCUGAUACAUGUGCGAGUUUUCUGGUGAAUCAGUCUGGUAAUUAGUGGGAAAGAAUUCACAUUUCAUCCUCUGAGCAAGUCUUUCAGUACUUUUAAUGCCAGUUGAGAAUUACAACUUCCAUUUAAAAAUUA